UGCUGCUGCAAGGGUUCUCCGGGUGCCCCAGGCGCAGUCGCUACUGCUACGACGACUACCGUACCUAGGUAUUCACUACUCUGUCUACAUCCCAACUCGACCUCGUUUCAUCCAACAUCCUCUUCCUCCUACGACUUCUCUUCCCUUCGACACGCACCUACAAUCCUAAAGCUUCCCGUCAGACCUAUAGAAACUCUCCUCUCUCGCUCGGCUCUCCACCUCCUAUUCCUAUGUUAGCUAGCAGCUCGACAACCUUCCAAACCUCCCGCGGGCCUUGGCUGACCUCUGCUGUCGUUUCCGCCGAUUGAGCUCCGACUGCCUCGGUCACGAGCGGCUACCCGCGCUCCGAGCGUUGGAUCUUUUACGGGGACCUGGACAACUUGAAGCGUCGAGCUUUUUACCCCCCGGGGCCACGCUCACCAUCUCCUAAAACUCCCUAGUCGCGGGCACCGACUUGUCGGUCGCGGACUGAUUGGUCCCUGCGAGUCCAACAUCAACCCACUCGUUCGGUUCCGAAGCCUUGAAGGCCUCAAACCAUGUCGUCCUCGCAUUCGCGUUACCAGCCUUUGCAAGAAGCCGCAUCUGAUCUAGACGACGGAGAUCUUUCGGAUGCAAAUCCCAAGGCUGUCCCUCCCCUUUCACCCGUCCGUUUAGACCAAGACCGUCUGUUGGGAAAUGGCGACGUUGCUCCAGGAAAAGCCUUCAGGUACCUCGACUCGGUCGGCCGCCGCAUCUGUGUUGGCCGCCGCCUCACCAAGACCUACAUCGCUUUUUCUGUCCUGAUUCUAGCAAUCUUUGCUUCUGCAAUAGGCGGUGGUGGAUAUUGGAUAUACACCACUGCUCAACACAAUGGUCAGUCGCCGCCAUGGUAUCCCACGCCACAGGGAGGCACUUUGCCAUCCUGGCAGCAGAGCUACAGCAAGGCUCAGAAGCUGGUGGAGAAGAUGACGCUCGUGGAAAAGGUCAACAUCACCACUGGCACGGGAUGGGCCAUGGACUUAUGCGUGGGGAACACGGCCCCUGCAGUGCACGUGGGCUUUCCAGGGCUUUGUCUCCAGGACGGCCCUUUGGGAAUUCGUUUUGCUGAUCAUAUCACGUCCUUCGCUGCAGGCAUUACGGUAGGUGCAACAUGGAACCGGGAGCUUAUGCGCAGACGAGGUGUUGCACAUGCACGCCAGGCUAAGCUGAAGGGGGUCAACGUGCUUCUGGGGCCGGCCAUGGGACCACUCGGACGCAAUCCCGCUGGUGGGAGAGUCUGGGAGGGUUUCGGGAGUGACCCGGUUCUUCAAGGAGUAGCUGCUUACGAGACCAUACAAGGUAUCCAAUCCCAGGGCGUCAUGGCCACUGCAAAACAUUGGGUCGGUAAUGAACAGGAACAUUUCAGAAGGCCCUUGGAGUGGGGUCUACCGGAGUCGCUGUCCUCCAACAUUGAUGACAGAACUCUACAUGAGAUAUACGCCUGGCCUUUUGCGGAAAGCGUUAGAGCUGGUGUAGCCAGCGUCAUGUGCUCCUACCAGAUGGUGAACAAUUCGUAUGCCUGUGGCAAUAGCAAACUGAUGAAUGGCAUCCUCAAGGAUGAACUUGGUUUCCAAGGCUUUGUUCAAUCUGACUGGUUGGCACAACGCAGUGGUGUUGCCAGUGCCCUUGCAGGUCUCGACAUGUCCAUGCCUGGAGAUGGCUUGUUCUGGAUGGACGGCAAAUCACUGUUUGGGGAGCAACUUACUGUUGCGGUCCUCAACGGGUCAAUCCCUAUGAGCCGGCUAAAUGACAUGGUCACACGUGUUGUUGCCGCCUGGUAUCAGUUGGGUCAGGAUGCCUGGACGUCGGACGGUCCGAACUUUUCUUCCUGGAGUAAUGAAGAAUACGGCUAUCUGCAUCAUGGCAGCACGAGCAAACAGGAUAAAGUUGUGGUCAAUCAGUUCGUCGAGGCAGAGGACGAUGACAGCCGCACCGUUGCUCGCCAGGUUGCGAGUGAAGGCAUUGUCCUCUUGAAGAACUCUGGUUCCAUUUUACCCCUGAGUCCCUCGCUCCCCGAGUUGGAAAGUGGCCUGCGGAAGCGGGUCGCUGUGGUCGGUGAAGACGCAGGCCCUGGCAAAGGUCCGAACUAUUGUGAGGACCGCGGGUGCAACCAGGGCACUCUUGCAGUAGGUUGGGGCUCAGGUUCAACCGAGUUUACUUAUCUGGUAGAUCCACUUUCAGCAUUGAACUCGAGUUUUGACCCGUCGACGGUCGAGAUCUCGAGUUUUCUGAGCAACAGUGUCUCUUCCUCCCUCAAGAACAAGCUUAGGGAGCAAGACCUGUGCUUGGUCUUCGGCAAUGCCGACUCUGGUGAAGGUUACCACAUCUGGCAGGGUCAGCGGGCUGACCGCAAUAAUCUUGAGAUCCAAAAAGGAGGAACUCGGCUCAUUCGCACUGUUGCUGAGGAAUGCGGUGGACCCGUUGUGGUGGUCAUUCAUUCAGUCGGCCCAGUCAUUAUUGAGGAAUUUGCUGACAUGGAAUCCGUCAAAGCCAUCAUCUUCGCGAAUCUCCCGGGUCAAGAGAGCGGAAACGCGCUUGCAGAUGUCCUAUUCGGUAGGACAGACGCCUCUGGAAGAUUGCCAUACACUCUAGGGAGAAGUCUCAAGGACUAUGGCCCUGGGGCUCCAGUUCUGUACUAUCCGAACGCCAUCAUACCACAAGUUGACUUCAACGAAGGUCUGUAUAUUGACUACCGACAUUUUGACAAGCAUGGCAUCGAACCGCGAUAUCCUUUUGGCCACGGCUUAUCGUUUACCACGUUCGAGUUCUCAGAUUUGACUGUUACCGGCUUAAAACCGAAGUCCCCAUUGCCUCCAGCUAGACCUCAGUUGUUGACACCGCCGAGCUUUGAUGAGACUAUACCUCCUGUUGAGGAUGCCCUUCUUCCAGCAGGCUUCUCGAAGCUUCGCAAAUAUGUCUACCCUUACAUAUCCACUGCGAAUCAGGUCAAGGAAGGGAAAUAUCCAUAUCCGGACGGCUAUAACGUUCACCAGGAGCCGAGCGGCGCUGGCGGUGGUGAAGGCGGCCAUCCGGCCUUGUUUGAAGAACAGGUUAAUGUCCAAGUGCGCGUCGCCAAUACCGGCAACCGUAAAGGAAAAAUGGUUGUUCAACUGUAUGUGUCAUUACCGCCGUCACUACGCGAGCCGGCAACCGGCGAAAUUAUCGAUACACCUGUGAGAGUUCUGCGCAACUUUACCAAGAUUGAGCUUGAUGCCGGCGCUGACCAACUGGUCAAUCUCACUCUGACCAGGAAAGACCUGAGCUACUGGUCCGUUGUGCAGCAGAACUGGGUUAUGCCGGAAGGAUUGUUCACACUCGAAGUCGGCCGUAGCUCGAGAGAUUUGCCUCUCCACGCCACGUAUUGAUCCUGAGUCAGAGUCUGGUGGAUAGGUCGGUUAGGUCACAACGAUGAUCGUUUCCUCAUGAAUCCAGGCAACUACCCGACUUUCAACCUCGGUCAGAUGAGUCUCACAUCAGACAGGAUGCACUGUGUCCGUGGUGGUCGACUGAAACACGCAUUGGACGCAGGCGGAGUGCCUCGGGUGGAUGCUCGAACCCCAGUCGAACGGACAUCAAGAGGGUCUCAGCCUCGACGGUUCCCCGCAUCUCCACCGGUCUGACAUCGCCUGUCCUUGUUGUAAGCGGUCCGAGCCAACGCCCCCGCUUCAACAUGGUGUAUUCAGGGUAGUGCUGAUGCUGUUCUUGUCCGCCGUCAGUUCUCGUUGUCAAAUCAUUUCGGUUGUUCCGUGUUGUGGCGUUUAUCAAGACCUGGGACUGUAGGGUCUUAUGGGGUUACCGAACGGUUAUGGAGCAUUGCACAAGCGAUUGACUACGACCGCUAGGCAUCAGUACCCUUCUUCGGCGUUACUGUGGUGCUUCUUUUUUUGUGCAGAGGUGCCUGGCGGUUUGGAGGCUGAGUCGACCUAGUCGUGAUAGCCGAAGGGAUGUCAAGCGAGUUGUUGUAUAAAUAUAAAGCCCAAGGUUUCCUACUUUAUUUCACGGUUUCAAGUUCA